ACCUUUAUAAAAGUCCAGCCUGAAAACCAACCUGGUGAUCACAGUCACGAUGGCGAGGCUGGGGCUUUUGGUCGCUUUUGCUGUGUUCCUGGAGGUGGUCUCUGGGGCCUCUCUUGGGGUAGUGAACACGGAGGGGGGGAUGGUGCAGGGCGAGAACAUUCGUCUUGGGUUACGUCGUCACAUGGACGUCUUCAGAGGGGUUCCUUUUGCUGACAUCCCUGGAAGGUUUGAGAAGCCAAAGCGUCACCCUGGCUGGGACGGUAUCUUAAAGGCCACUGAGUUCAGAAAGAAAUGCCUUCAGUUAAAAUUCUAUAUGACCCAUACCAGAGGGAGUGAGGACUGUCUUUACUUAAACAUCUGGGUUCCCCAUGGCAGCACAGUCUCCACAGAUCUGCCCGUCAUGGUGUGGAUCUAUGGAGGAGGCUUCCUGACCGGAAGCUCGAUGGGUUCUAAAAUAAUAACCACCUAUCUGUACAGCGGCCAGGAGAUGGCAGACAGAGGAAAUGUUAUUGUGGUGACUUUGGGAUACCGUGUGGGAACUCUGGGCUUCCUGAGCACUGGAGACUCGAGCUUGCCCGGAAAUUACGGUCUGUGGGACCAGCAGGCCGCCAUCGCUUGGGUGCACAGGAACAUCCGCUCAUUUGGAGGAGACCCCGACAGCCCCAUUGUAGAAAACCUGCUCCUGUCUCCUGUGAUCGAUGGCGACUUCCUGCCUGAUGCGCCUCACAACCUGUUCCACAAUGCCGCUGACAUUGACUACAUCGCUGGAAUCAACGACAUGGAUGGACACCUCUUCACGAGUUUAGAUGUUCCUUCAAUCAACUUACCCCUGGUGGGCACUUCUGUUGACGUUGUGAAGAGGCUUCUGGCUUCAUACACCAAGGAUAAGGGCCAGGCUGGUUCGGACAUCGCCUUCUCCACGUACAACUCAACCUGGGGAUCAAAUCCCAGCAGGGAAACCAUCAAGAGAACUGUGGUGGAGAUUGGAACAGACUACAUUUUCCUGGUUCCUACACAGGCUGCUCUCUACCUUCAUGCUGCCAAUGCCACAACUGGCCGUACCUACUCGUACUUAUUCUCCCAGCCCAACCGUAUGGGCGGCAUUGGCAGACCCUACCCCAGCUGGAUGGGAGCUGACCAUGCUGAUGACCUGCAGUACAUGUUUGGAAAGCCUUUCACCACGCCACUGGCAUACUGGCCUCGCCACCGUGACGUCUCCGGCUACAUGAUUGCCUACUGGACCAACUUCGCAAGAACUGGAGAUCCCAACAAAGGAGAGCUAAGUGUGCCCGUCACCUGGCCCGAAUUCACCAUCACUGGACACAAGUUCCUGGAUAUCAAUUCCAACAUGAAGAAUGACUCUGUGGGACAGAAGAUGAGAGCGCGUCAUGUUCAUUUCUGGACCAGCAUCCUGCCCAGCCUUCCCUAACCAUCUAAGAAUGAAUAGCUUGUGCAACAGCUGUGCACCUUUAGUGUAGAACCCAUAUAUGUAAGGAAUCACAUCAGCAAUAAAUAAAUUUGUACAAAUUA